CCGUGGCUCUGAGAAAGAAGUGCUUCCAAGAGCUGCCUGCACAGGUGAUGAGAUGGUGAGUCAGAAUGAGGAGGAGAAACCCCAUCAAGAAGAUGCUGAGCAAGGAGAACCACAUGGAACUUUAUCAGGAAGAUCCAAAGGGAAUGUUUCCGGGAGUUGUGCACUCCCAGAGAAAACAAAAGCCUGUGAGACUCUGCACAGGCCAGAGGGAAACUUUAGUAGCCUCUCAGACCUUGUAACAAGCAAGAGAAUCAACUUGGAAGAGACACGCUACACAUGCCAUGAGUGUGGGAAAAGCUUCAAUCAGAGCUCUACCCUUAUCAGACAUCAGACAAUCCACACAGGUGAGAAACCUUAUGGAUGUGCUGAGUGUGGGAAAUGCUUCAGUCAGAGCUCAAACCUUAUCACACAUCAGAGAAUCCACACAGGAGAGACGCCCUACACUUGCUCAGCGUGCGGGAAAAUCUUUAGUCAGCGCUCAAACCUUAUCACACAUCAGAGAAUCCACACAGGAGAGACUCCUUAUACGUGCACUGAGUGCGGGAAAAGCUUCAAUCAGCGCUGCUCUGCCCUUAUCACACAUAGGAGAAUCCACACAGGAGAGACGCCUUAUACGUGCGCUGAGUGUGGGAAAAGCUUUAGUCGGAGCUCGCACCUUAUCACACAUCAGAGAAUCCACACAGGAGAGACACCCUACACAUGCACUGAGUGUGGGAAAAUCUUUAGUCAGCGCACAAACCUUAUCACACAUCAGAGAAUCCACACAGGAGAAAAGCCCUACACAUGCUCAGAGUGCGGGAAAAUCUUUAGUCAGAGCUCUGCCCUUAUGAGACAUCAGAGAAUCCACACAGGAGAGAAGCCCUACACAUGCUCUGAGUGUGGGAAAAGCUUCAAUCAGACCUCAAACCUUAUGAAACAUCAGAGAAUCCACACAGGAGAGACGCCCUACACAUGCUCUGAGUGCGGGAAAAGGUUCAGUCAUUGCUCAAGGCUCACUAGACAUCAGAAAAUCCACAUGAGAGAGAAUUGUAAUAAAUCCCUUGACUAGGGUUGGCCAAAACAAUUUUAAAAAAAUCACAUUUGCUAAUUCCCACAUAGUGAUUUUGCAUCAUCUUCAUCGUGGUCUCUCAGCUCCACCAAAUCAGUUGCCUUCUUCUGCCUUUUGCAGCUCACCCUUCUUUGGGGUCAGUCCUAUGAUUUUUUCUAUCAACUCCUUUCCUUUUGAGUCAUAGGAGUGUGUGUCCCUCCAGCCAGGAAUGUUCAUCAGUUCCAGAUUAGGGAGAGAGGUUUGAUCUCAACAAGGUACACUGAGGCAAAAACUACCUGUGCCUUCCAUCCACUAGGACUGUACAUGGCGUUGGCUGCUCAAGUUAGUGAUCUUGGCGUAAAAUGUUGUAGUGCAGAUGCAGCCCAGGUGCAGUGGUUGGCAUUAGGUUUCCCCUUGACCUGACCUAAACUCCAUCACUGUUCCUAGUCUAAAUUAACCCUGAGCAUCACGGGUUCCCCCAUUUCAAAGCAAUGUUCCCCCAUUUCAAAGCAAUUCUUAGUCAUUGAGUUCUCCCUUGGGGAACAAAUUGUUUCAUUCCUAGUUGCUCUGAUGUUGCUUCAGAUUGUACUGGAGAGCAGAUAUUUUUAUUAUCAUUUUCCGCACUUAAAAUAUAUUGAACUAUAACAAAGAGCAGGAACAGGGCAGGAAUAGGGGAAAAUGUCAUUUCACCCAUUG